CCUAAACCUGUGAAUGAAACACCUCGUGAGGGAAAAGGAGCAACCAGCGUAGUGAAGGGCAGCCAGCCAAGACAGAAUUUUGUGCCCGGUUCUUGGCAAUUCAUCCUCAUGCCACUUGUAAAUAACAAAGUGGGAGAUGACAACACACUUGGCACAAACAAGGCUUUGGCUGAUGGUAAAGCCCUGGUGGAGUCUUUGAUUAAGGUGGUGGCAUGCUAUCGGCAUCUAGCUUCAUGCGUCGGCGGCUGCACUGACAGCUUACAGCUGCGAGAUGAGUUGAAGCAAACCAGAGAGAGGGCCCGGACGUUGGCCACCACCAUCUGUCAACAUCUCACCUUGCAUCUUCGUGACAAGAGCCUCCCUGUGGAGCAGCGCAAGGAGAUGGAGCUACUUUGGGUGUCCUUCUCAUCCAGCCUGGAGCUCCUUCAUAUUGACAUGUGCAAAGUUUUCAACAUGGGAGACAUCUUCACUCUUGCUGAGUGUCCUAGUUUAGUCCAAACUGGCCUGCAAGGGGGGAGCAGUGAAGUGGCUGCUCGAGCCCUCAGUCUACCAGACCUGAACCGCGCUCUGAACGCCAAUGGCCUUGAGAACCAGGACCGCAAGACCAUGGAGCAGGAGAUCCACCAAAUUGACCACAUGAUUGAUGACAUGGAAGCGAAGGUGAACGUAUUGCGUUGGAUGGUGGAGCCCCACGGGUCGCUGCCUGCCGAGCCACAAGGCAGUGUUGACAGCGCCUCCCUGGCCCUGCUCUCUGUGGACGACGAGCAGCUUGCCGUCCGGCGUGAUCGCAAUGUGGCACUUUUAUCGCUGUGUGCGGUCAUUUUGGUGGCAACCACUUUGUCUAUCUGUAUCUUCUUCUUCACAUGAGUAAAAACUUGUUGUACUCUUUGACUUUUUUUUUUUUUUUGUCAAUACCUGUGAACCUCAGUAACAGGUGGGUAGAGUAGCCAAAAAGUACUGUUACUUUAGAAAACAGUAUUAUGACAAGGAAAAGUGAUUUAUUAUGUGCAUGAACAUCCAAUAGAUAUUCUGUAUAUAUUAAAUAGUAAGAUGCAAAUUCAAUAUAGGCCUAUAAUAGCACUUUUAAAAAAUAAAUUUAGGCAAAUUCAGCUACAAUAAAUGCAAUUACAGUCUUCACACAUGUAAAAUAGUGCAAUAUUAAUGAAAACUUUGCUUAUGUGUGGUGCUGUGGAGACUGUGUGGAAUUGGUGUGUGUAAAAAUAUGAAUAUUAUCCCCAUUGACAACAGUGCCAGUGGAUUUUUGUAACCUUAAAUGCAUGGAAAUUUCCUUGGUCUUAUUUGUAUUUGAAAUUACUACUCACCAUUGUAAAAGGAGUUUAAAAGUGACCCAUCAUCUACCUCCCCCAUCCAGUAGCAGAGCUGCAUAUUUAAUAAAGUGCCUGUUUGCUAAAGUGCUAGUGCAUGAA